CACACCAACACAUUGGCCCUCCCAUCCACACACGCUCCACAACAUCCAGGAUGGCUACUGAACUUGUCGUGCAGAGCGAGCGUGCUUUCCAAAAGCAACCUCACAUCUUCCAGAACGCCAAGAAGACCGUCGGCCGCCGCCGUUGGUACAAGGACGUCGGUCUGGGCUUCAAGACCCCCGCUGAGGCCAUCCGCGGCGAGUACAUUGACAAGAAGUGCCCCUUCGUUGGUCAGGUUUCCAUCCGUGGCCGUAUCUUGACUGGCACUGUCGUUUCCACCAAGAUGCACCGUACCGUGGUCAUCCGCCGUGAGUACUUGCACUUCAUCCCCAAGUACAACCGUUACGAGAAGCGUCACAAGAACUUGUCCGCUCACCUCUCGCCCGCUUUCCGUGUCAACGAGGGUGAUGUUGUCACUGUCGGUCAAUGCCGCCCCCUCAGCAAGACUGUUCGCUUUAACGUUCUCCGCGUCGUCAAGCAUUCUGAGGGUCCCAAGCAAUUUGGCAGGUUUUAGAUAAUGCAGUAAGAUAAUUGGCAUCAGGAGUGCGACUGGGGAUGAUGGGGACCGGCUUGCUUAUGGCCAGGUUGUAGUAGUC